AUGGGCCAGCUGAAGGCGCGCAACUCGACGGGCCCGUUCUCGUGGAAGGCCGCGGCGCUGUUUGUGGUGACGGGCGCGGCGAUGAUUAUCUAUUUCCGGGUGGAGAAGGAGAGGCUCGCGCGGCAGAGGGUCGCGGAGAUGAAUAAGGGGGUCGGGAAGCCGAAGGGGAAGGUUGUCACGGAGGAGGAGUUGAGGGGGAGAUAUUCUUUUGUCUACUUCGGCUUCACCCACUGUCCUGACAUCUGCCCCGACGAGCUCGACAAAAUGGCCGCCAUCAUCGACAACGUGAAGGCGCAGACCAAAGGCGAGAAUGUCUUCCUGCCGGUGUUCAUCACGUGUGAUCCUGCGCGCGACACGCCCGAGGUUCUGAAGAACUACCUGAAGGAGUUCCACGAUGAUAUCAUCGGGUUGACGGGCACGUACGAGCAGGUGCGCAACGUGUGCAAGCAGUAUCGGGUGUAUUUCAGUACUCCGCGGGACGUGAAGCCCGGGGAGGAUUAUUUGGUGGAUCAUAGUAUUUAUUUCUACCUGAUGGAUCCUGAAGGAGACUUCGUCGAGUGCAUCGGCCGCCAGGAUACGCCCGAGUCCGCGACGAGGGUCAUCAUGGAGCAUAUCAAUGACUGGAAGAGAGCGGGCAAGCCGUUGAAGAAGUAA